GUACUCAUGACGCAAUACGCAGGCCCCUCCCCUUACGGGAUACAAGUACGUGAUGAGGAAAGACGUUCCUUCUUUGCUGCGUUUACUGCGAGAAUGAAGACCAUUCUCAGCAAUCAGACUGUCGACAUUCCAGAAAAUGUCGACAUUACUCUGAAGGGACGCACAGUUCUCGUGAAGGGCCCCAGAGGAACCCUGCGGAGGGACUUCAAUCACAUCAAUGUAGAACUCAGUCUUCUUGGAAAGAAAAAAAAGAGGCUCCGGGUUGACAAAUGGUGGGGUAACCGAAAGGAACUUGCUACCGUUCGGACUAUUUGUAGCCAUGUACAGAACAUGAUCAAGGGUGUUACGCUGGGCUUCCGUUACAAGAUGAGGUCUGUGUAUGCUCAUUUCCCCAUCAACGUCGUUAUCCAGGAAAAUGGGUCUCUUGUUGAAAUCCGAAAUUUCUUAGGUGAAAAAUACAUCCGCAGGGUUCGAAUGAGACCAGGUGUUGCUUGUUCAGUAUCACAAGCCCAGAAAGAUGAAUUAAUCCUUGAAGGAAAUGACAUUGAGCUUGUUUCAAAUUCAGCGGCUUUGAUUCAGCAAGCAACAACAGUUAAAAACAAGGAUAUCCGGAAAUUUUUGGAUGGUAUCUAUGUCUCUGAAAAAGGAACUGUUCAGCAGGCUGAUGAGUAAGACCUUAGAGUUGUCCAGCUACAGAAACACAAGAUGCCUAUCAUAGCUAAGACCUACUUGUGAUACUUAAAUGAUGCAAUAAAAGACCUAUUAAUUUGGAACUUUUUCUUAAACCA